AUGUCGAGUUCGAGCGCAGAGGGGGUUGGCCAGCCCAAGGCGAGCGCCGACGUGACCAAGAAGCAGUCGAAGGUGAAGCAGUUAUGGAGCAAGCUGGACCUGGAUGUCGGGACUUUUUUAAUCAUGAUGAAGGCUGCGCUUCCUCCUACAAUCGCUCUGGCAAUGUAUGAAUCUAAUGCCGUUUCCACCCAGUACGGCACCCUCGGAUACCUCGUGGCCAUUAUCUCGAUUCUUGGAUUUUGCAUAAUGCCACGCGCCAAGUUUAUCCAGACCAUGACCAUGAAUAUCAUCGCUACCUGUAUUGGCGCCGCCGUCGCACUUCUAAUGAUCUGGAGCUCUAUUCAAGCGCGGAAACACACCACUCCCGCUGGUGCUCCCUUGGCUGGAUACAACUCCUCCCAAUCCGCCGUCUGCGCUAUCUGGCUGUUCUUCCAGAUCUACAUUAUCAACUCCAUUAAAGCAAAGUUCCCUCAAUUUGCUUUCCCAACCAUCAUCUACUCUAUCUUCGUCAACGUUGCAGCUACGUAUGGCCCCGAGUUUGGCACCAUGACCCAAGGGAUAUCUUUUGCGAAACGCCUGCUUGAAGCAUUUCUGACAGGCUUUGCGCUCUCCAGUGGAGUAUCUCUGUUCGUCGUUCCGACGAGCUGCAGACUAGUCGUAUUCAAAGAGAUGACUGGUUAUAUCGGUGUCUUGAGGGGAGCAUUACAAGCACACAAAGGCUACAUGCUGAGCCUCGAGACCACUGAUAUGUUUUCCGGAGACGUCACAGACAGCAGCGAAGACAAGAAAGGCCACAAACCAAAGAAACCCACGGAGAGACCGGAAGUUGCCGCCGUCAAGAAGAGUAUCGCUGCACUCACCGAACUACACGGAAAGCUCCAUGGUGACCUCCCGUUUGCAAAACGCGAAGUCGCAUACGGCAAAUUAGGCCCGGACCAGCUUGAGGAGAUCUACAAAAAGCUGCGCGCUAUCAUGGUUCCCACGAUGGGACUGGGAUCGUCGAUUGAUAUAUUCGGCCGAUAUGCGGAGAUGAACCAUUGGGAUACCUCGCCUGAAUCUAAACAACAGGACCCUGAGACGCAGGCCCGUAGACAAAAGGCUGUUACGGAAUGGAAUGAGAUCAUGAAAUCCGUCCACGAGCCAUUCUCAACCAUCAUUCAGGUCAUGGAUGACGGACUCGAACAUGCCCUUCUGACGCUCGAACUCAAGAAGGCUCCGAAGAAAAAGAAGAAUGCGACGGAAGACAUUGAGGCCAAGGGCGAUACUGUGAAGCCAGGAGACGCCGGAUUCGCGGACUAUCUGGAUAGCCAAACAGAACGGUUUUACCAAGGCAAGGAACUCGCACUCAGGGAAUGGUGUGAUCUCAAAGGCAUCAACUUGCCAAACGACUUUUUUGAACAUCCUUCGAGCUACAAAGACGUCGUGUCGGACGACGUAGCUGAAGAUGAUGGCGAUUACAACCGAAACUCAAAGCAGCUUUACCUCCUACUCUUCAUGGAGUUCCUACUUUAUUCCGUCAGUCGUGCCGUUCUCAGCCUCGUCCGUUACGCAGACGAGCAAGUUGCAGAUGGCAAGAUGAAGAAAUCUAAGCUCAUUAUGCCUGGCAACAGGCGUCUGAAGAAAUGGCUGGUCAACAUCUUCAAGGUUGAGGAUUCUACCGCUGAGGACACCACCACAACCGGCGACGUCGAUGGAAACAAGUCCACCAUAUAUAUGGGCGAGGCCUACAGUGCUCGAAAGGACCCCGAACAUCUUCCCCCACAGACCGCAUGGGAGCAUAUUGGGGACUUUAUCCGAAUCUUUCCGAGAUUUCUUCGAUCCUCCGAGUCAGCCUUCGGAUUUCGCGCUGCCUGUGCGACCAUGUCGAUCGCUAUCGUUGCCUACCUUCAUGAUACCCAAGUCUUCUUUAUAAAACAACGGCUUGUAUGGGCCAUGAUUAUGGUCGCCAUCAGUAUGACGCCUAGCGCUGGCCAGAGCGCAUCCACGUUCUUCCUCCGACUCAUCGGAACUGUCCUCGCCAUGGUCUUAUCAUUCCUCAUGUGGUACAUUCCUGACGGAAAGACUGCUGGUGUGAUAGUCUUCCUGUUCAUCUUCGUGACCUUUGGCUUCUACGUUCCGAUUAAGAAGCCGAAGUUCAUAAUCGUCGGACUCAUCAGCGUCGUCACUGCUACCAUGAUUAUUGGAUACGAGCUUGAGGUUAGAAAGAUUGGUAAAAUCGCGGCAAGCUCCAACGGCCAGCCAUACUAUCCAAUCUACACGCUAGCACCAUAUCGGCUCGCAACAGUUGCAGGAGGCCUUUUCGUAGCAUUCGUCUGGACGUUUUUUCCAUACCCGAUCUCUGAGCACUCUAUCAUCAGACAAACCCUUGGUUGUGCUCUUUAUCUGUCUGCGAAUUACUAUUCUAUCGUUCACGAGACCGUUCGCGCUCGAAUUCGCGGCGAUGAGGGUGACUUGACGACGAAAGGUAGCCCCGGAAAGAAACUCGAGAAGGCUCGCCUCAAGGUUUUCUCAAAACAGAUGCUUGUGCUUCAAAGUCUCAAAACAAACACUGCUUUCCAGAAGUGGGAAGUCCCCCUGGGCGGUAAAUUUCCAAAGAAAGAGUACGAUACCAUCAUCCAAUGCGUUACCAACAUCGUGCAAUACAUGUCCCUCGUUGGAUACUCUUCUCACACCUUUACCGACAUGAACUCCAAUCACGGCGACCCUUCGGAAAGUGAGUGGUUUGAAGAUUUCCGACGUCUGAUCAGCUCGGUCAACGUCACUUCACACGAGAUCACUUCGCUUCUUGCUCUACUCUCCUCGGCCAUUACGAAUGGCCAACCACUGCCCCCAUAUCUAACGACCCCCAAGCCUUAUCAACUCUCUGCUAGGAUUCGUGCUCUUGAUAGAGACAUAUUGAGCGUUCGGCACAUUGCCGAGCCUGGCUAUGCCGCUUUCGCCGUCAUGCAAAUAUCAACACGUUGCAUUAUUGGAGACCUCGAGAAGCUUUUAAAAAGUGUAAAGAUUUUAGUGGGAGUUCUCGAUUUCUCAUUCCACAUUGUUAGCACAAACAGCUCACCUGCGAGCUCUUCCAGCUCGACGCUCUUCAAACUGAGCAAGCAGGAGUAGACCGCUACAUAAUCCAUUACCGCCUCUCGCACCCAAGGACACUACAGAAAUCAAUCCGUCUGCAGCUCCCCAUCGCAGAAGAUCCGCCCGUCCUUCAUAUACCUCACAUUGACCGCUCCUGCCCUCUCCCUAUCCAUAGCCUCCUUAUACUCCCUCUUUCUCUUCGCCACCGGCCGUGGCAAUACAGCUCUCGA